GAGGAGACCGCAAGCGAACUAUUAGCUCGACGAGAUGGUUUUGAUUAUUUCAUUCUGGUAGCCUAUGGUCGUUCACAACCCCUUAGUGAUCGAGUACGAUUGCAUAACUAGUUAGAGGACGAUAAUCACUAUAUGUUCACCCUCAAUGAAAUUAUGUCUGGUUUUGAAGAAUUACCUCUUCUGCUACCGAAGCCAGAAGUUGAUAUACAUUUAAUGAGCCGUGAAGUUGGCAGUUAUGUUCUUUGGCCGUGUGCAUUGGUGCAGUUUUCAGAUGAGGUUUUGGGGAAGACCGGUUCACAUGACAGGAAGGCAAAGAAGGCAUGUUCACCUGAUAAGAAGGCAAGUUUACGUGAUGAAGCUGAACGAAAUGUGUUGAAGGCAAAUGUUUCAUGUGCACUUAUUCUCGAGACAGAGGUGUUGCGAGGCCUUACUAUUCCAUGCUUUUAGUUACACGAGUGCGCUAGUGAUUAAGCAAUGAUAGUUUAAUAAAGGUUCCUUUGGGGCGCAACAAUUCCACUACUAUGAGGAGUCAUCGACAUUCAUUUCUAAGGUCGAUAUCAAAGAAAUCUUAUGUGGGUAGAGUUGAAUGUUUCCAUGAUAUGAAAUUUCAUGAGGUAAUACAUAAUAAAUAUAUAUCUUUAAUUAGUUUUCAAUUUAACUUCCAUAAUAAGUAAGGUUACUUUUAAUCAAUAUGGUUUCUCAAGAUAUUAUACAAUGAAUUGAUUGGAACAUCA